UUCUCAGUAAUAUCAAAUUGCCUGCGUAUCAUCCAUCACACUUUGCCAGAGUAUCAAACAUCUCUCUUCAGACUCGCUGAAAUAACCUUAAAAGGUACGGUUUACUACGAUUGGGCCACUGCUUCCUACCCAAGCAAGCAACCGGCAAAGCAGUCUUCUUCUCUUUCUUCGCUCGAAAAACCGAUUCUCAGAUUGUAGGGCUUUCAGACCGAUCUCAAGAUGUUUCUUACCAGGACCGAGUACGAUAGAGGCGUCAACACCUUCUCUCCAGAAGGUCGAUUGUUUCAGGUCGAGUACGCCAUCGAAGCUAUCAAGUUGGGUUCGACUGCGAUUGGGUUGAAGACAAAGGAGGGCGUUGUUCUUGCAGUUGAGAAGCGGAUUACUUCGCCAUUGCUGGAGCCAAGCAGUGUGGAGAAAAUUAUGGAGAUCGAUGAACAUAUAGGAUGUGCUAUGAGUGGACUCAUUGCUGAUGCACGUACUCUUGUUGAGCAUGCACGCGUUGAAACUCAGAAUCACAGGUUCUCAUAUGGUGAACCAAUGACCGUUGAGUCCACGACACAAGCGCUAUGUGAUCUUGCUCUCCGAUUUGGUGAAGGCGAUGAAGAAUCAAUGUCCCGACCUUUUGGUGUAUCGCUUUUGAUUGCAGGCCACGAUGAGCAUGGGCCUAGCUUAUACUACACAGACCCGUCUGGUACAUUUUGGCAAUGCAAUGCAAAGGCAAUAGGUUCAGGUUCUGAAGGAGCCGACAGCUCAUUGCAGGAGCAAUACAACAAGGACAUAACUCUUCAAGAAGCUGAAACCAUAGCUCUUUCCAUCUUGAAGCAAGUGAUGGAAGAAAAAGUGACCCCAAAUAACGUUGAUAUUGCAAAGGUGGCUCCAACCUACCAUCUCUAUUCCCCGGCUGAGGUGGAGGCUGUCAUCACUCGCCUAUGAGAGAAUAACCCAGAUUUCCCUCUUUUUUUCACCCUAUACAUACACUUUCACUAGGAUUUUGUUUAUAGGGUUUUGCUUAGAUGUGGGUGGGACCUACAUGGUGGAUGACUCGGAUCUCAUGCCUGUGUGCCAUGUUGGUGUCUUCCCUUUUCAACUUUGUUUCUCCUUUAUGAGUGAAACCCCUUGUGUUUCAUGCCCUGUUAGAAGACGGUCAUCUUGGAUCCUAGCCAUACAACUGAAAAUACUUUGUCAAAACAUCUGUUGCUGGUGUAAUGAAUUGAAUCCUACACUGGUCUUACACAAUUGAAUCCUACACUGAUCUUACACAGAA